UCAGUCGUUUCGUCAUUUCUAUGUCGAUCGUAAAUAAUUCUGACAGUUUUGGAAAUUGCACGGGUCUCGCCGGUUUCGAAACUUGUCAGGGGUCUCCUUGAGGAAAACACAAAAGUCAACGCGGUCGUGAAGAUACGAAUCGGGAUACGAACAUAAUUAGAACGCGUUGAAGGAGGGAUUUUUUAGGUUAGAAAAUCCAUCUUACCGGUUGAACAACGGCGGCGUUUCAAGCGGCAGCUUCGAUUCCUCAGAAUCUUUUUUUACAUACGCAACGAGAAACGUCAAGCAAGCACAUUUUCAGCGUAACUUGAGAAGUGAAUUAUUUUACACAUCUGUAUUAAUAAAAAAAAUGGAUAUUUAAAAUUUACUCGCAGAAGACUCUCGUAGAGAUGUGACACAUCUUCCAGUGUUCUAAGGCUGAUUAUCUCAUCAAACGAAAUAUUGCGUCAUAUACUACAUCGUAAUGAUACGUAACCAAAGACGGCAGCAGGCCCUGCAGAACGGGAUAUUCUUGCUGGGUAUGCAGAUUCUGAAUUAUGGGCUUGACAAAGUACCACCUGCUACUCUAAUUGGAGUCAUCGCGCAGACUUUACUGUACGCUGGACUGAUACGGGUGCCGUGGAACGCGGAGGACGUAUGUAUAUCGGCUGUGAAAAUAAUUAAGUACAAAGACUGGCAAUCAUUCUUCUUUUCAAAUUUCGAACAUGGAUCCGACAUGCAUCUGUACUACAACAUGCUUUCCUUCAUUCUGAAGGGCUCCUACUUGGAGCCCAUCUACGGAACGAUAAACUUUGCACUUUUACUCGUUAUAUUAUCCAUCGGAUGUAGCGCUAUGUAUGUAUCCCUAGGAUACAUACUGAUGCAGUUAACGGCCGAUUAUGGAUAUUUCACAGCUUGCGCCAUCGGCUUUUCUGCCACGUUAUUCGCAUUGAAAGUCAUCGCGCUGUGCGAAGAACGCGACAAAUUGCACAAUAUUAGUGGAUUUGUAGUACCGAGUAAAUUAGCGGUGUGGCUUGAGCUGAUAUUGAUACACCUAUUGGUCCCAAAUUCUUCCUUCAUCGGUCACCUGGGUGGUAUUUUAGUUGGAUGCUUAUAUUCUUAUACAUUUGUUGGAGAAACGAUCGACAACUUGAUACACACAAUAACUGGCACACCUAUUAUACAUGAAGAACAAUUUUAUAGAAGACGAAACAGGCUAAUUGCAUAACAUUUUGUAAUUUUCAUCGAUUAUAUUUGCGGCUCUAAUUUAAUGUAUAUAUCAUAUAUCGAAUCGGAUCGUUACAUAAAAAAUAAUUCUAUGGAGUACAACUAGAGGGAGGUUAAUUUUAAGACUUCUGUGGGCCUGGAUAAUAAUAUAUAACAUAUAGAUAUAUUAAUGUACGAGUAUAAAUAUUUUAUACAGAUAUAUUAUAAUUAUUUUGAAUUUGUUACAG